AUGCGCGCUCGAGGAUGGGCUCCAGUGCUUCAAGCGCUCCUCGUGGGACGCGUCUUAGCUGACGACUGUUCCACGACAGUGACGGUUACCACGGCCGCUCCCGCUAUGGCAUCGUGCGCCACUUUCUCUGGAGACGUCGUGGUAGCCUCAACCUUCAGUGGAGUCGUCAACAUGACCGGCGUUGAAACAAUCGUUGGACGUGUUAUUGCGACAAGCGUCCCAAGCCUCGAAGGCAUCCGCCUACCAGCAUUAGUUUCGGCCGAAGGAAUUGAAGUGUCAGAUGCACCCGCAUUCAACACCUUCGACUUCGGUCUUGACAGCAGCGCCGAUUACGCUAGCCUGGGUGAUGUUGAGUUUAGCAAUCUCGGUGCUCUCCCCGGCUACACAUUCGCAUACAUCAACGGCUUGGGUAACCUUACCUUCGAUAACGUGUCCAGCGACUACUUGUGGUUCCAAUGGGAGGCAUCAAAUGUCGCCAUGCAGGACCUUGUCCUGGUUAACAACCCUCUCCUCGAGAACGUGUCGAUCCCCCUCGUGUCAGCACAAGAACUAUCAGUUACGAGCAACAGCGUUAUGGGAUGGCUCGGCAUGGAUUACGUGACGGAAAUCAGCGCCGCAACCAUCACUGCCAACCCGUCCAUGACGAGCGUUGAGCUUCCUUCUCUUACUGCUGUCGCCGGUGACUUCAUUUUGCACGCUGACCACAACGUUUAUCUCGACCUCAACUCCAGCAUGCUCAAGAGUGUCGGUGGAAACAUCGAGCUGGUAGGAGACAUCUCCUGGUCCUUCGACGAAGACGUUGUCGUCAACGGUACCGUGACCGUCACCUACGACGCAUCCGCCGGCGACGAGUACAAGUGCAGCGAAAUCACGCCCGGCGUACUGACCAUCACCUGCAACGGCGACAUCCUCUCCGCCUCGUCAACCGGCGCCGGCGGCACAGUCACCGUCACGGCCGGCGCAGGCAACGGCGCCGCCACCGCCCACAGCUCCAGCACCGGUUCGUCCUCCGCCGUCGCCGCUUCGUCCGGCCUCUCUUCAACCGCGAAGAUCGGAAUUGGCCUCGGCGUCGCCCUCGGCGUCAUCGGCAUCGUCGCCAUCAUCGCCGCCAUCCUCCUCAUGCUGCGCCUGCGCAAGAAGCGCGCCGCGUCCAGAGACGGACCAGGCGACGGCCCAGGCCAGCCGGGGGGCAUUCCGCUCAACGAGCAGAAGCUGCCGCCGCCGUACUCGACGUCGCUAUGGAGGGGGUUCUCGACCAAGAAGAAGUCCGGCACCGGGUCUGCUGAACCCAUGAUGCCGGGCCAGGAUGGUGGUGUGGAUGCGCAGGGUAUGCCGAUUCAGCAGGGGCCGCAGGAGCUGCAUGGCAGCGAAGGUGUGACGGCGCAUGAGUUGGAGAGCCCGCGGAUGAAUCAGGCGGGCUUCGCGCCCAUGUCGGUGCAGGGUCAGCCGCAGCAGCCGCCUGUGGAGAUGGAGGGCGAUCACAAUUGGCGGAGGUCGGAGCUCAUGGCCGAGCCUGUUGUGAAUAAUCAGGCGCGUUGA